AUGUCCACGGCCAAGCUCCUCUUAGUUGUCAUCAUGUGCUGCCGCCUCAUCGUAACCGUCGUAGGACCGACCGUCCUCGACUUCGACUUCGACGGCGGCAACGACUUCCAGCUCAGCACCAAUCCCUCCGACCUCGCGAGAGCCUCCUCCGACUUCGGGAUGCUACGUGUAGGAGGGUCUCCAGUAGUCGAGCCGGCGGCAGUCUUCCACCCAACUUCCGACGGGGACGUAGCUCAGCUGAUCAGAGCGGCGUACCAGCAGGGAUUCCCCGUGUCCGCCAGGGGACACGGGCACUCCAUCAACGGGCAGGCGAACACCGCCGGCGGGGUGGUGAUCGAGAUGAGCAGGCUGGAAGAAGGGAGGAGGAAGGGGGAUGGGCCGCCGCGGCCCAAGGUGUCGGAGGAGAUGAAGUACGUGGACGCGUGGGGAGGCGAGCUGUGGAUCGACGUGCUAAGGGCGUGUCUGGAACACGGGCUGGCGCCGAGGUCGUGGACGGACUACUUGUACCUGUCGGUCGGCGGGACGCUGUCCAAUGCCGGGAUUAGCGGACAGGCUUUCAACCACGGCCCGCAGAUUAGCAAUGUUCACGAGCUCGAUGUCGUUACAGGUAAAGGGGAGAUGGUGAAGUGUUCGGAAGAAGAGAACCAGGAGCUGUUCCACGCGGUGCUGGGUGGGUUAGGGCAGUUUGGGAUAAUUACUCGGGCUCGAAUCGCGGUCGAACCGGCUCCCCAAAGGGUGCGUUGGAUCAGGGUUCUGUACUCCAGCUUCUCCACGUUUACGAGGGACCAGGAGCAUCUGAUCUCCCUGCAGGGAGACGGUCGGAGCAAGUUCGACUACGUGGAAGGGUUUGUGAUCGUGGACGAAGGGCUGAUCAACAACUGGAGGUCCUCCUUCUUCUCCCCUCGCAACCCGGUCAAAAUCUCAUCCCUCGACACCGACGGAGGGGUCCUCUACUGCCUUGAAGUCACCAAGAACUACCGCGAGUCGACUGCUGAUACUGUCGACCAGGAAAUAGAGGCAUUGAUGAAGGAGCUCAACUUCAUACCGGCGUCGGUUUUCACGACCGAUCUGCCCUAUGUCGAUUUCCUUGACCGAGUCCACAAGGUCGAGCUGAAGCUGAGGGCGAAGAACCUCUGGGAGGUCCCCCACCCUUGGCUCAACCUCUUCGUCCCCAAGUCGAGGAUCGACGACUUCGACAAGGGCGUGUUCAAGGGCAUUUUGGGAAACAACAGGACCAGCGGCCCCAUCCUCAUUUACCCUAUGAACAAAAGCAAGUGGGACGGCCGGAGCUCGGCGGUGACGCCGGAGGGAGACGAGGAGGUGUUCUACCUGGUGGCGCUGCUGAGGUCGGCGGUGGAGGACUCUAGCGGCAAGACGCUGGAGUAUCUGAGCAAUCAGAACCGUGAGAUACUGAGAUUCUGCGAGGAGUCGGGGAUCAAAAUGAAGCAGUACUUACCUCACUACACAACGGAGCGGGAAUGGGCGGCCCACUUUGGGGAGGAGAAGUGGGACCGUUUCAAUCAGCGGAAGACGUCGUUCGAUCCUCGCCGUAUUCUGGCCACUGGCCAGCGUAUAUUCAAACCCGUACCUGAUUCUGCUGAUGCUGCUUCUUUGGUGAGAAAGGGGAAAGCUUCGUGGUGA